AAGAAAUUAUUUAUUUCAGUUUUCGGGGCAAAUGGGUACUACGGUGCAGACCUAUCUGUCGGUGCAAGCCUUAUGAACAUGAACGUGCAGGGUGGAAUCAUCCCUUACCUCGGUGUUCAAGUGUAUGGGGAGUUGGGAGUGGGGGCAUUGUUGUAUGCAAAACUGCGUUUGGAGGGAGACAUCAUGGAGACAAAGUUCCCAAUUACUGCAGAGAUCAGAUUCAGCAAGUUCCCAAUGGACGUAGGAAUGACACUGGACAUCGAACUUAUUCCCCUGCAACUGAAACUUAAAGCCCUGGUCACUCUGGAGGUCAAGAUCCCCUUUAUAGGAACCAUCAAGAAAACAUUGUUCAAAAAGACCCUGUGGAAAUACAGCACCCCGUCUAUCAAAAACCGUAUCCUGGACCUGCACACAUGGGAACCUGACAACACUCCGCCUGAGAUGGAAGCCGUGGGAGGUGCUGGGCCUGCAGGACGGCGGAAGCGCGACAAUGAUUACCUGCCACGUCAGACCAGAGAAUGUGUGGUGAAACAGCUGACAGGCCUGGACUACACCGAGCCGGCUUUUCAGAUAGAAAUUACCGCCGGAGAUGACCGGUCUAAAGUGCCUCUGACUUACAGUGUUGGCACCGUCCCAAAUUCUGAUGACAUUGUGUCAAAGGAAGAACUUGGUGGCCCAACAACAAUUUUAAAGAGGGACCUCACCUUUGGUGUGCCCCUGUACUUCACUGCUGAAGCCUGUAACAAUGCAGGUCUGUGCUCACAAGCAACCUGCAGGCUGCCAACAUAUGACAACACUGUGCCGGGCGGUCGUAUUGAUGCUUCCUUCCUGUCUACAAGCAAUCAAUACAAGCUGAGUGCAGUAGCCAAGCUGUUUGAUGACUCAGAGCUGAGUCUGCAAAGGGAGUCUGUGGGGUUCGGGAAGGGAACCUGGGGUGAUCAGAUCAUCCCAUGGUCAGCAUUCCAACUGAGGAAGAACUCUGCAACAAGUCGAGGUGAUCCAUUGUCAUCAUUUACCCCUGAAGUGCUCGGUCGACUGACAUUCGAGCCAUUUGCGGAGAUCAAAGGUGCAACAGUUGAUGGACCCAAUCCAGAAAAGUGUGCUUUACAGUGCCUGAGGUACCCCGGAACAAAGUGUAUGAGCUUCAACUUUGACUUCGAAUCUAAGGAUUGUCAGCUGUUGUCUGACAUUGAGGCGGUGGGGCAGAAACAAGGGGCAAGAAGAGAAAGGUCUGGUUUCUAUCACUAUUAUGAGCGACUUGGAGUUGGUCACACAGCCAAAUUUGAACACGCGGGAUUGAGCCUUCAGCACAACCAUCUCUACUACUUCAAUGUGGAAGCUGUGAACAUUUUGGGAUACACAGGCACACUGGCAUCUGAAGGCAUUGUUGCAGACUUUACCCCACCUGAACCUGGCUACAUAGGAACUGGCCAGUCAGAUGAUGUCAUUCUAGACUCCUGUCAAGACAUACUGAUUGACGACUGGGACAGACGAUGUUUGGACCACACUGACAUACCCAAUCACAGGAUCAUCUAUGACGGGCCAGAGUCAGAAACUGUCUUCAAUGGUAUUGAGCCUAACAUCGGUGUCUACCAUACAAGGGCAAACACUUACAUUGCAGCUAACUGGAAGGGUAUCCAUGACAACGAGACUGGUAUCUAUGGUUACUCCUGGUCUGUUGGAAGAAGUCCCGGGGAAGACUUGAUCCACCCCCAUGUCGACCCUCAUGCUCACCUCUAUAAUGAGACAGAGUGGACCCAUUCUGGUAACAUCCACCCCAUACCUGCGGACAAGUUUCCCAACAGUGUACUCCCGGAUGGAAAGUACUACAUCACUGUUCGUGGAGUAAAUAAGGUUGAGUAUGGAGGACCAAUGGUUCUCAGUGUCAGUCACACAUCACCGUACAUCAUCGACAAUACACCUCCAGAAAUCCAUGCUAUCACAUCGAUCAAGUACAAUGAAGAAACAUCAAAAAUCUUUGUCGCCUAUAACAUAAGUGAUAUUGAGUCUGAUAUCAAAGAAGCAGACCUGGGAUUGGGCAGGACUAAAUAUGACAUUCUCCUAAAGUCCUGGGAACGUCAUCUGUACACCGGAAACCACACCCAUGUUGGGAACGUCACAAUGGAUGUUGCCCUGGAGGAUGGCGUACCAGCGUGGGCUAAGAUAAGAGGCAUAAACGGAGUGAACCUGCGAGCUGUUGCUGUGGCCGACAACCCCAUUGUCGUAGACCGCACAGGACCAAUAGCAGGAGAGGUGUAUGAUGGAGACCAAGUCGGGGAUGACCUACAGUUUAUCAACAUGGCAGACCUGGUAUGUGCAAACUGGAAGGACUUCUAUGAUGAAGACUCAGGAAUAAAGGAGUACAUGUGGGGAGUGGGCACAUCACCUGGUAACCUGGACGUCCUGGAAUUCCUGAAGGUUCGGAGCUUUGAGCAUACCAUGUGUUCUAACUCCGACACUGAGCUCCGACAUAACCAGACAUGCUACUCCAUCAUUGUAGCCACCCACAAUGGACACAAGGGUCUAAAUGUGUCCGGUAUCAGCAAUGGAGUGUUGAUUGACCUGACACCCCCUGAGGCAGGCUGGAUAGUGGAUGGGAGUUAUGAGGACAUGGACCCUAACACUGGCAGGCCUGUGGAUGAAGUCUUCAUGUCCGAGUCUGCCUCAGUCUCUGCACAGUGGGGAGACUUUCUGGACCCGGAAUCUGAUAUUGACAGUUAUUUUGUGUCUGUGUGGAGAUCAGCACUGAUCAGUGAUCGGUCAUGGAGUGCGGCUAAGCAAAUACAUGAACCAGAUAAAUUUGACAAAAAAAGAACCCGGGUAGAAUAUUUCCACCUUCAUCUAAACCACGGUGACAAAGUUUACACUGCAAUAACAGCAAAGAACGGCGCCAGAAGCACCACAGAAGUGAGAUCAGAUGGUGUCAUUGUUGACCUGACAGCCCCUGAACUACAGUACCUCGUGGACACACAAGCACACGGGAAUGACACAAGUAAAGAUUCUGACUACCAGACCAAUGCAAAUUCCAUUUCCUCGAGUUGGAAGUUUGACGAUCCAGAGUCAGGCAUAGAUCACUACAAGAUGGCCAUUAUCCAGACCAUGCACGGCACCAAGCAGCAGAUAUUCCCAGUUGGUGAGAUAUGGAAGCUUCUUUACGCACCUGACCUGUCCCAUCACACACAAGGAGACUUGACUCUGACUGCAGGAGCACAUUACCACACCAGGGUGGCAGCCGUCAACAGGGCAAAGCUGUCCGCACCCUAUGAGACAGAUGGAAUCACGGUAGACCCUUCAGCCCCAACAAUGCUGUACGUACUUGUGGGAGUUCUGGAUGGAGGUUCAGAGGAGGAGAUAGACGGUUAUGUGUGGCAGGCUGAUCCUGAGGGAAUCCAGGCCUCCUGGUUAGCUGUGGAUGGAGAGAGCGGUAUACAGGACUACUGGGUCUCUGUCGGCACAAGCCCUGGUGGCAGUGAGAUACUUGAGUACAUCAACCUUGGCAUGGAACGAUCAGGAUACAUCCACCCCCUCACACUCCCCCUGACAGAUGAACGCACCUGUGGUAGUUCGGACACCUGUAGCCCUGUGUACUACCUGUCAGUCAUGGCCAGAAACGGUGCAGCGAGAUUCUCUCAACCUGUCAUCUCUUCAUCCAUCCGGGUAGUGGACAGAGACAAGUCCGGGUAUGUCACAGACGGGUCAGAUCCAGCCUCUGAUGCUGACUACCAGAUGGACAACACAGCCAUCACUGCACACUUCACUGGUUUUGAGAGCCAACUCCAUGGAAUAGCGCACUACCUGUGGGCCGUGGGGACGUCUAGCGGUGCAUACGAUGUGCAGUCUUUUGUAUCAGGAGGAAUUGUGCUUACUCUUGAGGAUGAAGUCAAGGGCGGAGGAUUUAGUGGGAGUGGCAUGGCUAAGGCUGUGUUACCUCUCAGCUGUGGGCAAACCUACUACGUCAUCAUCCGUGCUCUCACAGGCUAUGGGAACAUACUGGAGUCUGUGUCUAAUGGCGUCACCGUGGACUGUACACCGCCUAACAUCCACAUCACUUCAUUUGGUUUCGAGGAGGAUGGUGAAAACGACGGAUUUUUGCCAGAAGAGACACGUUACCAGUAUACCAAAGACACCCUCAGCGCUGCAUGGGAAUUCACAGAUGACGAAAGUCCUGGGGUAGGAGGGAAACACAUGUUUGGAACAUUCCCAUUUGGUGAGGAUAUUCAGCAGUCAACCAACUUCAGCGGGGUUUCUGUGAGCAGCAUGAAGGUUAACCUCCACGACACUGUACUUACGGAAGGUGUUGCUAACAUCCUGUCUAUUGAGAUGGUGAAUGAAGCUGGUCUGUGGGGAUCCACUUACUCUGGAGGGGUCAUUACUGACCAGACACCCCCGCAGCUGGGGACAGUAGUCUGUCCCAAGUACCUCUCCGUUGUCACGGAGGUUGAGUGCAGUUGGAGCCUGUUUUUGGAACAUGAAAGCAACAUUGUCAGCUAUGACUUCAUGGUGGGCACCCGGCAGAAACUGGACGACAUCUUCCAAACCGUUACACUACAUGGGCACAGGACCAAGUUCAGAGCUACAGGUCUAGCUCUUGAACAUGAAAAGAGUUACUACGUCUCAGUAAAAGCCACCAACAGUCUUGGGAAGGAAACCUACGGUUACUCCGAUGCCAUUGUUAUUGAUGACACCCCGCCAUUGGCGGGACUUGUUGUUGAAGUGUCGGAUAGGAACUCCUUCAAUUUCAGCAAAAAUGGUCUGGGACUUCCCUCCAUGUCACGGUGCAACACUGCUGAUGGUAAGUAG